AAACAAAAACGAGAAACACGAAGAGAGACUGGUAAUGUUCACCAAUCAGCAAGAGGAUUCUGAAAGAUGUGAAAGCAUGGAGUUGGACAAUAAAAUCAGAGAUCUGAUCGAGAGGAAUGAUUCUCCUGAUCUUAAAGGGGCCACCCCAGGAGCCACACCAGGUCACAGAAAUUCAUGUUCUCUAAAGACUCCAGGAAAAACAGCUUCCAUGGCAUGUUGCGUACAGGGCACAACUAGAAUGAGUGCAGCAGAAAGUUCUUCGGAGCAUGGAGAGCAUGAACAAUCAUCAAGCAGAAAGAACUUGACAAGUUCUCUUGAACAAAAGAUAAGGUGCUUGGAAAAACAGAGAAAAGAGCUCCUGGAAGUUAACCAGCAAUGGGAUCAGCAAUUUAGAAGUAUGAAAGAGUUAUAUGAACGAAAGGUCGCAGAGCUGAAAAUGAAACUGGACGCCGCAGAAAGAUUCCUCAGCUCGCAGGAGAAGGAGCGGCUUCAAAGUCAGAGAGAGAGCGACCGGCUGCACGACCAGACCCGCCAGAAGCUGCAGCUCGAGGAGAAGGAAAAGGAGAGCCUAAGUGAAGAAUUACAUGAAUUGAAGAAAGAAAAUAAGCUUUUGAAGGAAAAAAACACUCUUGCGAGCAAGAAGAAGGAACAGUAUGAAUGUGAAAUAAAGCGCCUCAAUAAGGCUCUUCAAGAUGCCUUGAAAAUCGAGUGUUCUUCAUUUCCGGAGGAUUGUUUGGGAAAAUCUGAACUGGAGUGCAGACAUAAGGAGAUGAGAACAGAAAUGGAAGUUCUCAAACAGCAGGUGCAAAUAUAUGAAGAAGACUUCAAAAAGGAACGAUCAGACCGAGAAAGACUUAAUCAAGAGAAAGAGACUCUACAGCAAAUUAUUCAAACUUCUCAAUCCGAGUUGAAUAGGCUGAAUUCUCAGAUAAAAGCUUGUCAGAUGGAGAAAGAAAAACUCGAAAAGCAGUUAAAACAGAUGUAUUUCCCAAUCUGUAACUGUGGCUUGAAUUUCCAUCUGCGGGAUCCAUGCACACUGGCAGACCCUGGGACUGCACAAGAUCUACAUAAGCACCCAUCUAAACCACCUGAGUGAUUUAGAGAAGAGUUUCCGCGGAGGAACACUACAAAGAGAAAGAUCUGCCCUGCUUCACCAUCCUGAGCCUCUACAAGCCAUGUCCGCAGUUAACGGCUUAGAUUUCUUCCUUGUACCAGAAAACGUUGAGCUUGUAAUUGUUUUCUCGGUCUUUCUUUUGCCUCCUGUGUGAGGGAUUUAAACAUAGUAUUUAUUGAUGGUAAACUGCUUUGUUUUGUUUAUGGGCUGUAGUAAGUUUUACAGAAGUGUUUAUACUUCUCCAGAUAUCCAAAACACAUCUGCUUCAAAAAAAAAACCAAAAAACAAAAAAAACCCAAAAAAACAAAA